AUGUCAGGAAAUCAGAAUAAGAUACUUGGUAAAAGGUCCAAGAAUGGCCCUCCAAGUGAUUUGGAAGUAGUUGCAUUGGGAGGCGCGAAUAGGAAGAAGCCCCCACCAGCUGCGGCGACAUCAGCUGCAACAUCAUUGUCACACUUUGGAAAGACAUUGGAGUGUGAUGAGAAGUUAAUCACAAAUAUUCCACCAUCAUCAUUAUCAUCAUCAUCGACAACUAUAUCACAUCAAGAACAACAUGGUGGCGGAGGAGGAGGAGGAGUAGGACAAUCGUUGACAAACAAGAAAUUGAAAUCUGAUCAGGGAUCGGUCGUGGUGCCCCCACCAUCUCUGUCCACGGUCGCCCCGCCACCAAUCCCUGGCAUGGUUCAAUCACAAUCACAACCACAUGGAUCCAUGAUGCAGAGGACUUCAAUGCCAAAUCAUGGCAGUGGCGGCGGCAUUAACGCCAGCAACAUCAACAACAACAGCAACAACAACUUUAUUAGUGGAAGGGACACAAUCGACAUGAGCAACACACUGGACAUUAUACAGGCGCUCGAGUCAGAGAUGGACAGAGAACAAUGUACGCGCACUGUUAGGAACAUGCUUCAAUCGAUCAAAUCGAUGCCGGCCACGACGGCCGCCGCCAUCAACUCGGAGCCGUUCGUCUCAUUAAUUGGUCUGGCGCGCAAGCGUCCCGACGCUUUCUCCAGCAUCGACCUGCUCGACACACUGUUGGCCCUGCUACGGCGCGACCCCACCCAGCUCAAUCAACAGAAGAAGAACAACUUCCCCAUGGUGCUGGCGUGCAAUCUGCUCAUGGUGGCCUAUGAGUCGCUACCAGACUGGCCACCACAACUCUUCUACGCGUUCAUUGAGGAUUCGAUUGGCGAUCGCUUGUGGGUGGAUGAUCAGAACUGCAAGGCAUUCACUGCCGCAAUUGUCUCCUCACUGCCCUCUAAGCCUGGCUACCAACUCAAUGCACCAACCUCAUCAGUGAUCGCUCCGCCAACCCUGUAUCCAAAGACUGCAGCAGCGGCGGCAGCGAUCGUCACACCUGUGGCACCACCAAAGGUACAGCAGCAACAACAACAGGAUACAAACAUGUCGUCACAUGACUCUGGCGAUGAGGAGAUUGAGGAGGAGAUACUGUCAUCAUCAUCAACCUUUGGCAGCGCAAAAUCCGAGAACAACUCACUCUCGCGCUCAAGUGGCUCGAUCAACUCCAACUCAAGCUCAUCGCGAUUCUCUCAGUGCCAGCCCGACAUCAUUCGCUACAUCGUCCAACAGAUAAAGUCGACGAAUGUGUCGUACAAUGCGCGCGGACUGCUGCGAUUGCUCACACUGACUGUCGGCUUCAAGGAGUCGCGUGUGGAGGGUGCAUCCCUGGUCGAGACACUUCUGGCCAACCAGAAUGUGUUUAGAAAUGCCAAGGAGUACCUGGCGCUAUUGGUGGCACACUGCACCGAUGCCACACCCGAGGACCUGCGCACGGUCCAGACACUCAUACGCAUCAACGUCGUGUCGGCACACACUGAGGUCAUCCCCACGCUUCUGGCAAACAACCCGGCUGCGUACACUGGCAUUGCCAUGCGCCAGGCCAUCGAGCUCGAGCUUGACGUGCCAGGUCUGGCUGCCUUCCCCACGCCAGGCAAGCCGCCCAGCGUGACGGGCAACUCCAAUGUUGCAGGCACCAAAUCCAAGCUGGGCACUAUUUUCCGACACCUGGCGCCGCAGCGCGGUGAGGAGGAACUGGCGGCAAUACUCAAGGAGCUGGCGGUUCGCGAUGACUACGCCAAGAUGGCCGCGCGCAUGACGGUCCGCAAGAUCGUCAAGAACUUUAUCUCGGUGAACAUGGCCUACUUUUGCUCGCAGCUCACAGACAUUAGCCGCGACGAAGUGUACCUUUCGCGAGACCCUGCGACCAAACAGCGAUGGGCACUAAACAUGGUGCACGUAUUCUGUCAGAUCUUGCUCUUGGUGCCAUCAUUUGUGGACAUCUCCAAGGAUGCCAACAGCAUGAGACAGCUCCUCUCCAACAUCACGGCAUCAAUCAUCACAUGGUGCAGCAAUCUCCUGGACAUUGGCAUCACCACGCCACAAGAGCACAUUGAGCACCUCAAGAAGUUAAUCUUCAUCGAUAACAUCAACACCUAUUUUGUCACACCCAACACAAUAGUGGACUCUGAUCGCAAUGCAUAUAGGAUACUCUCGAACGAGGUGCAGAUACAGGAGACAUUGAUCGAGUCGCUGUUGUCUUUGGCGUUCGAGCAUGGGGUAGACAACAGACUGAUAUUGGACUUUAUCGACAGCGUUCUACGAAGGGCCCUGUCCAUCCUAUUCAAGUUUGGCGUGCCCUGUGCAGUUACACGCGGUAAUAUGGCCGAUCAAGUGAUGGAGCUGUCAGUGAUCGGCGGUACGAAGCAAACAUUGGGCGACUUGCGCAUAUCAUUCACUCCAAUCUUCUGGCAGGCCACGACCUCGCUGUGUCUGUUGGCGUGUCUGGCGCCAUCCAGUGUGGGCGCAAAUGCAUGGUUGCAUUGUCCCACAGUGCGGGUGCUCCUCGAGAUGAUAGUGACUCGCACAUGGAAGUUCCCGCCCUACGUCUCCAAGACCACACCCGCCAACCAGUACCAGAUCAACGAGCUCAAUCAAAAGAAUCGCGAGAAUGAGCUAGCCGCACGCUUCCCCCAACUGCAACAGGUGGAGUUCAGCCUGUUUGAUCCGCGGGGUCCAAGCCGCCAGCCCCCCGACGACGUCAUUGAGCGAGUCCAGCGCCUGGACACCGACUUCCACCUGGGCAUCUCGCUGUGCGCCUGUCGCCAACCCGACUACCUGCUGGAGAUCAUGGGCAACCAGGACAGUCGCCAGGUCAUGUCAUGGCUCACACCCAUCAUACACAACGACCCGCGCACUCUUGACAUCCUGCCGCCCGUAUGUUUGGCCGAGGUGCUGCUGUCUUCACAGCUGAGCGUGCCCGUCGCGAUCGCCCAAUCAGUCACUCCAAAGUUACUGCAGCGCAUCCAUCAGUUCUUCUCGAAUGCCUCCACGCCUCAACCCACGAUCGACAUCAUGCGAUUCUUCUUCAACAAUCUGUGCUCUCCAUCAUCAGUCACGCGAACAGUGUCGAAGAGGGCAAUCAACUUGUUGCCGGCCAUCGGUGGGCCUGCCUCAGGAUCCGCGCCAGACGACUAUCAAUGGCUCAAUCGACUUCAAUCACUUCAACACUACGCAUCCAUCGCGCCAAUCGUGUUGCAUUCAUUGCGAGCUGCCUUGCACGUUGAGUCAGACCUGCGUGCCCUGCGCGCCUACCUCAACUACCUGUACUCGAGUUAUUCGAAUUCUGGCGUUGGUGAUCGCUCACUCGUCCUAGACAUCAGCCGACUGUUGUUACAACGCGAUAUUGUCGCUCGCUACCUCAUCAAUGAUCCCAUCGUCUCGGUGGCCAUCGAUGUCCUAAUGGGCGCAUUCACCAUCGAUGACUAUCCCCAACUCCUGCAAGACUACAACAACAGUACCAGCAACAACACAGCAGAGUACAUGCUGACUAUGGGCAUGCUGAGAUGGAAGGUCGAAGGCCAGACUGUGCAGGUGUCACGGUUCGUGGCCGACGCCGUUGUCUAUCUUGUCUCGUUAGCCGACUCAAAGAACGCUCAGCUGAGCGCCCGUCUACUCAAGCUUGUUAACAACUUGGUGGCAAGACCCCUGACCCCUGCACUAGAGUACAUCGAUGAGAAUGGCGCGCCAACAACGCUGCUCAAGACCCAGUCGCAGGCCACAAUGGUGCUGCAAAGCAGUGUUGGAGGGCUGAUCGAUCUGGCCGUUGCGCGACUCAAUGAUUCACAAUUGUUUGAGCAGAUUGUGUCAUUCGCGGUAUCACCAUUGGCACGCGAGAUGAUCGGACGUCACUUGGACCGGGUGGCCGGCUUGUCGGAUGGACUUGGCAACAUACUGUCUGGAGGGACCACGCGUCCAUCAAUCGAUCAAGCAAUCCAGAUCAUCAAGUCCUACAAGAGUGCGGGAAUGAAGAGUGGAAGCAAGUUGAUCUCUUGUCUCGAGAAGAUGAACCACAGUGGUACUAAUCACAACAGUGCCAACGCAAGCGCCUCAAGUAGUCGUCGACCAUCAAAGGAAGGAAACAGCCUCUUGUCACUUUUCAACUCAUCAAUCACGCUUGGAGCACAAGCAGAUCACAAACAAGAUGUCUCCACCACAAAGAUGUCAAUCGAUUCUCCAUCGCCAGUAGCAUCCGCCAAGAAGCGCGCACUACAUGUCCGCGCCAUCUCCACUCCUGCUGGCACCAUGGCGGCCAGCCAAUGCCUCAACGUCUCCAACAAUGUGAUAACAUCGGAGCACAUCGCCGCGAUACUCUCUUGCGCGGCCAUUGACAUUGAUAUGGACGACGAUCAGUUGGCAAAGGCAGUCACACAAAGCCUCUGUCAACUAAUCACUCAAUCUCCUUCAUUGGCGCACUUUGAGCGAUACCUUGGCGCAUUGUUUGGCAAGAUCUAUGGACACCAACAGGCCUCACUCAAGCAUCGAACGCUCCCCGCCAAGACCCACGCCGCCCUCCUCCGCGGCCUGGUUUUCACUGUCAAGCAAUUGGCUUCGGCGUCGACGGUCAAACUGUCGUACGCGGUAGGAAUCCUGUUGGAUUGGAUCCUGCAGCUGAUCCCUCAGUGCCAGAGCGAGCAAGAUAUUGUCACCAGCCUGUUUGGACUCAUGUUUGAGCGGUCCGCCGAGCCAGGUGCCGCCACUGCCAGCUCCGUCGCCUUCUCCACAUUGUUACGCUCUCACUUUGUCCACAACUCAACGUGGCGCGCACUGUCCUUGAUGGUUGACAUGUUCUUCUCGCCACGGAUCCGCGCCAAGCAGGACACAAUCGACUACACAUCAUUGUUGUCAUUCAUCGCGGCCUACCACUCACAUCCACGAUCAAGUGCGCCCUACUACUCGUCGCCCACCGAGCAGAGCAUUGACUCAUCGACUACGCACUACCUUACACCUUACACAACACGUACGCUGGCCGACUACAUUAUGCGCGAGAUGGAUACCACACACUCACAUGACAAUGUACUGCGGAAGCGUCGUGUCCUGCUCAACUCCUCUGCGCGCCAGUGUGAUGAGAACAUCGUCUCGCUGGCACUGCACCUGGCCAACAGCAAAGCAAGUGUGACGAGCGGUGGCUCGAUUAUGUCGUCACAAACGCGCUCACUGUCCGUCCCCACAGCGGCACAGUCCAUUCUUCUCCAACUAUAUUACAGCUUCCCAUCAUUGAUCAAGGCACACGUGGCCCACUACUCGCCCAACAUCAAUGUACAGGACAAUGCGCAGCAUUCACAAUCACAGUCACAAUCACUGGCACAACAGCCAGACAAGGAUGUACAUGGAGAAGAGGCCAAUGCCAAUGGCAUACCACACACCAACUUGGACACAAUCAUUCAUCGAGUGAUACUCAAGAUUAAUGAGGCAGAUAUGCGAUCAGAGUCAUUCGUACUACUGCGUAAACUGACGAUUGGACAUCCUGAGCUGAUCACCUCGCACCUUCCGACGAUCUUCACACUCUUCUCUGGUCGAUCCAACCUCCCCAUCGCCCAAUUCAUCCAGAAGAAGUACCAAUCACUCUACAUCCAACUUCUGGAUAUCAUGGACAUUCUCAAUCCAUUCGUAUUCAAUAGUCCAUACUUUGAGAAGAUAAUGAGCGAAUACUUUAUGUUCUUUGGCAAUGUCAGGUCAUUCUUUGAUGAGCUCAUACCUCUGAUAUCUAAGUUCACCGAGUUCCUGUCAGCUCAUACCUCCACCGGGAGGAUACCAACUCUAAUUGUAAAUAGAAAUAAUGAUACACUAGUAACACUGUCCAACCUCUACCAGAAUAUACCAUCGAUUAAGGCAUUAGUCAACAAGUUUAUGUUGCAGACUUCUUCAUACUCGACUUCAUCAUCACAUCAUGGCUCUUACAAACAACAACAGCAACAACAACAGCAGCAACAACAAUGGACUGUACAACAUAAUAUCCAACAAGCCCGUAUCGUCCAGAUCAAGCACGAGCUGAUCAUAGCGAUGCAACAACAACAUGAAAGACAACACAACAACGGAAACAACAACAUGAGCAACAGUAUGAACAACAAUGGAAACAACAUGAUGAUGAUAACUACGAUGAACAAGAGUGAUGAAAGAUUGUUGAGACUAUUGCAAGAGAUUGAAAGGAUAACAUAUACGACACCAUCAGCACUGCCAUUGUAUCUGGAGUCGAUCACACCAUUGAUCGAGAGCAACAAUGUUCAGAUAAGAUCGAUAACCUACUUCCUGUUGCUACGCUAUCUGAACCACUCGCCCAAGCAGAGUGGCGCCAUUGUCGACACCUACCUGGGCUGCUUCCGCAGUGCCAAUCCCGAGGUGGUCAAGUCAGCGUUGCAGAAUGCCAGCCAGUUCUUCCACUUUACACAGGGCAGCACCGAACACCUUGUCCAACAAGUGUUGCUCUAUGGUGGCCGCGAGUCUAUACAAGAGAUCAAGAAGCUGAUACAUCCAUUCAUCAGAAUAUACUCAUAA